AUGGCCGGCGACAAGGUUCCCUCGAUCCACCAGCUGGAGAAGCCCGAAAACGUCCACGAGAUGCUGCGCAAAGACCGACAGGAAGACUGCCUGUCCUGCAAAGUUGUCGGAAGCGGUGCGUUUCUCGGUCUCGCGGGCUACAGUUACUUCUCCGGCAUGUCGCAGCUGGAGCGACAGCGUAAGGCGAUUCUCCAGAGCAAAUCCAUGUUUGGCAUGCGCAGCCGCAAGGCCGGAAUCGUUGGCAUAUCGCUUGGCUUGGCGUACAUGGGAUUCUGGCGAGCCUUUUUCUAG